GCGGGGAUCGCGGGGGACGCGGGGAUCGCGGGGAUCGCGGGGAUCGCGGGGAUCGCGGGGAUCGCGGGGAUCGCGGGCGCUGCGCGGCGCGUCCUGCAGAGGGGGAUCGGACACCGGCCGGCAGCCGGGAUCGCGGCCGGGCUGCCCUUCUCGCCGGGGUAAGCGCUGUGCUGCCAAGCGGCGCUGGAGCCUCUCCGUGCUAGCCCCCCGCGGGUCAGACGUCCAGAGGGACCUGCGCGGGCAUGAGAGGUGUGCACUCGCAGCACAAAGAGACGCUUGUGUCCCGGGCUGCAUCAAAAGAAACGUGUCCAGAAAGUCGAGGGAGGUGAUCCUGCCCCUCUACUCCUCUCUGGUGAUACUCCAUCUAGGGACCCCAAUAUAUGAAAGACAUGGACCUGUUGGAGCAGGUCCAAGACGGCAGUGAUGAAGAUAAUCAGAGGGCUGGAGUAUCUGUCCUAUGAAGACAAGUUGAGAGAAAUGGGGUUGUUAGCCUGGAGAAGAGAAGGCUCCAUGGAGAUCUUAUAGUCCCUUCCAGCACCUAACAGGAGACUACAGGAAAGCUGGAGAGGGACUUUUGACAAAGGCAUAUAAUGAUAGGACAAAGGGGAAUGGCUUUAAACUGAAGGAGGUCAGGGUUAAGGAAGUGAGGGUAGUGAAACGCUGGCACAGGUUGCCCAAAGACACUGUGGCUGCCCCAUCCCUGGCAGCAUUCAAGGCCAGGCUUUCAGCAAUCUGAUCCACUAGAAUAUGUCCAUGUCAGGGGGCUUGGAAUUAGAUGAUCUUGAAGGCUGUUUCCAACCCAAACCCUUUGAUUCUAUAAUUCUGUCAUGUCAAUCUGUUUCCCGUAGUGGAAAGCACCCCUCACAGAUCCAAGAGCUUGUGAGCUCGAAACACCAGCUUCCUUGCCCAUCCACCUGUCCACUCAUGCCCCAUACCCCAUCCUCCCUCCACAAAAUUUUUGUUUCUUUGGUGAGAAAGUUCAUGGCUAUCUCUGAAGAAAGUUUUCUCACCCAAACUGCUGAGCACCUUUCUCAGCACUCCUUGUGAGAGCUGAUAUGCCCUGAGUAGUGAACUAGUGUGUUGAUAAGUGAUACGAGCAGGUCUAGGAGUGUGCAUAGGAGAGGAUGGCAAAGGAGUAAAAUUUUCGGGGUCUACACUGGAGUGGAUAGGAGGAGGGGGCCUUCAGGUGCAUGCAGAUGCAGAGAAGCAGAAAGCAGCAGGCUUGUCUGAAGGUUAUUUUUAAGAACUGAUUCAAACAGGCUGCAAUGUCACCUAGUAUCUCCCACCCAGCCAAGCUGCUGGAUCUAGAUGUUCACAAGGCAGCAAACUCUUCCUGGUUGCAGUAGGGAUAGUCCUUGUAAUUAUAUUCCAGAGUUUGGGGGGAUACCAGCACAGUUCCUUGGACUCACCGGCAGAGUCACAAGGCAAAGGUAAGAGAUGGGACACUCAAAUUGGGAAAGCUGCUGGUGGGGAGAGGGGCAGCCUGAGUGAUGCUGUGAGGCAUCUCCAGCUGAUGCAGCUUGUGAGCCAGUGUCUGAUUCCCUCUCUGCUCAGCUGUGUCACACAAGGACUGGCUGUGGGGGCACUGGAAGUAGAAGACAAGCUCACACUUUCAAGCUCAGUAUUGGAGACUGCCAGGUCUAGCAACAGCUUUGCUCAAGCAAUGAGUGCAGGUGAACAGUUCUUCCAGCUGCUCCUCAGCCACGUGGCAUUUCAGCAAUGCACAGCAAAAAAAUAAAAAAGCAGAGUCUCUGCCAGGCCUUGAUCUCUGUGUGAGACAGGCCAGGCCGCCAAGCAGCACACAGCAGAAAUCCCUGCUGGCAGAAGUGCCUUCAAACUCAGCAGCAGCCUGCAUAAAGCCAGGGAACGUGUCAUUUCUGCUUGGUCCAGGCCCCACAUGGGCAGAAGCCUAAAGAGAAAUGUAGCCAUGCAGCUGACAUCUAAUAGUCUGCCCAUCCUUAGAGACGUAGAAAGUAUUCUGGACCGGUGAUUUUGAACCAUGCUGGUGCUCUUGAGUAACCAGGGCUGACUGUUGCACAAGCCCUAUGCACAGACAUGGAGUCCACAGGCUAGAAAAGAUUCAUCUAAUCAGAGAAUCACAGAAUAGUUUGGGUUUGAAAGAACCUUUAAAGGUCAUGUAUUCUUCCCAGCCUCUAAUGCUGCCUGGCCAGAGAUGAUCAGCAAUCCUGGUACAACAGAGUGACAGCUGCUGUUACAGGAUAACCCGAGGGCACCACAAAUUACUGAAGCAAAAAACCACAUUGCCACCUUUUAAUGUCUCGGGUGUACCCCUCCCGAUUUACAGUCACUAUGGAAGGGCAAGGCAAAGGUACCCAGGAGCAGCUAGGCUGCAAUGGAGAGGAGGUCACCAUGGACAUUAGCUACCUGCGCACAUCCCUGACCUUCCUUUUUCUCCCUCUUGUUGUGUUUGGGGCACCCGCUGAUGAACCCAGCCUCACAGAACCAGGCCCUGGUGCUUGCAAGCGCUGUUGUGACUCACUGGACUCUUCUUCAGAUACCCCACCAGUCCCUCCCAGCCACCACCACUUUCCCUACCCAAUGCCAGAGGUCCGUCCCUAUAUCAACAUCACCAUUCUGAAGGGAGAGAAAGGAGACCGGGGAGAGCCUGGGAUGCCAGGGAAAUGGGGCAAAGAAGGACCACGAGGCGAGCGGGGUGCCCAGGGCCAGAAAGGCAGUAAAGGACAGAUGGGCACAGCAGGAGACCCCUGCAAACAUCAGUACGCUGCAUUCUCCGUCGGUCGCAAGAAAGCUCUGCACAGCAGCGAGGGCUUCCAGGUCUUGCUCUUUGACACCGUCUUCGUCAACCUCUACAGCCACUUCGACAUGUUCAAUGGCAAAUUCUACUGCUCAGUGGGUGGACUUUACUAUUUCAGCCUCAAUGUCCACACCUGGAACUUCAAGGAGACCUACAUGCACAUCAUGCGCAACGAAGAAGAGGCGGUCAUCCUGUAUGCCCAACCCAGCGACCGCAGCAUCAUGCAGAGCCAGAGCCUCAUGCUGGAGCUCCAGGAAAAUGAUGAGAUCUGGGUGAGGCUCUACAAGCGGGAGCGGGAGAAUGCCAUUUACAGUGAUGAUGUUGAUGUGUACAUCACCUUCAGUGGGUACUUGGUCAAGCCCAGCAUUGAAUAACUCCUCUUCCUUAGGGCCUCUUAGGCCUUUUCCUUUUUCCUCUCUCCCUCUCUCUCUCUCUCUCUCUCUCUCUCUCUCUCUACUGCCCGUAGCCACUGCAAAUCACUUGGAAAUGGGCCUGUCAAAUCUCAGGCACUGAGUGUGAAACUUGCCACACUGGCUCCCACCUCACGCUCUCUUGUAGCCAGACCUGUAUCUGUCCACUUUACAUCAUGGCUCUACCACCUCUUGCCCCUCACCUCAUAAUCCCAAUUUAGGUUAUUGGCUUCUUCUCAAUCUGCCAGCAAUCUGCCUCUGGCAUUAGGGUUCUAGAGCAAGAAGAAAGCUAAAAUGCUGCUCCUGGGCCUGUGUCCCUCCUUGGGGCUUCAUACACAAAGGACUCCUGUGGACAGGGCUAGAAAGUCCCCACUGCUGAGGUACAUCCUGGCUCCUCUCCAUCUCAACUAGACAUACCAGUUUUGCAGCCUGAAACAAGGUCUUAAUGUCACCUCUGAUGUCUGUAGUCUGGAGAGCAGACUGGGGUCUGAUAGCUUCCUGUAGCACAAGGAAGAGGUAGGAGCACUGGGAGACGAUAUUCCAAAAAUAUAUAUUCCAAAAAGGGAACUGUUGGCCUUCUAAACUGGCUUUCCAUAGACACUCUUCUGUGUCACAGACUCCAGGCUGGCCAUCAAACCUAGGCCUGGUGGGAUUGUCCUCUGUGCCAGCUCUAGCUCUUCAAAGGGAUGACGGGCCAGACACUUGGCCAGACCCUUCAUACCCUUGAUUCAGUAGAGGUGACCAUUCUGUUCUCGCUAGGGAUCACCAGUACAGAAUGAGGGACAGGGAGGGAAAACCUUGAAAACCGCCUCCCACACCUCCCCUGGGGUGCCACUCAGUCUUGGCUCAUCAGCUAUGGGAAGCUAGUCCAGAGAGUGAACCUGAAUCUGCUCUCCUUUGGUAGAGGUGCCAUUUCAUUGUCCUCCUGAAGGUGGUUCUCCCACGCUGCUGUUGAAGGACCACUGUUUCAGGGCCUGAGCUCGAGGCUGUAGGGGCAAUUGCAGUUAAAUCAAUUCCAAACAUGGAUAGGCUGCCACUUCUUUACCUCUCUGAUGGAACAGAGAUAGAGGUGAGACAACAACACCUUGCUCAAGGGUUAAAAGCUUCCCUGCCGUAUGCUCCAUGCCCUUUUCUGGCAAUCUCAUCAGAGUAACUGAGAAAAGCAUGUGGCUAAAACAAACCCUAGCACCUUUUUGUCAGGUUGGAGAUGUCGCAGUGAGAAAGGAAUGCCAGUGGUAGGGUUUUCUAGUACUAUUUAUAUUGGUCUCACACUGCUCCCACUUGCAUCCCUCUGGAGGGGAUGCUGCAGUCCUGGGGGAAGCAGGUGAGGCUAGCUCAGCACUUUAGGAAGCCUACUUCCACAUGUCAUGAUGCUCCCUCCCAUAAACAGCAGUGCCAGGACUUGUCUCCUUUUUGAGUCUCAGGGCAGGACAAGCAGGAGAAACACAGGUAUUCCUCCUCUGCUCAUCACUGGUCAGGAAAUCUUUGGACUUACCCAGGUUCUGCUGUCUCAUUGAUGAGCCACGGUCUCUGCCUAUAGCACCUGGGAGUACCAGGGCUCUCCCAGAAGAAAUGUGCAUCGUUAUACAAGAUUAUGCCUGGUACACACAGCUCAGGAUAGCAAAGGAACAGGGACCAAGGCUAAAUACUAAAACUGACCUUGAAAAAAUUGCAGGGCAUUUUCUCUCUUAUCCUGUUUACUUACUCUCAGUGCUUUUCUAAGGAAGCUGUACAGACUGCAGUGAGUUUCAGGAACUUUGCUCUGGAUCCUCCCCACCACUGUCAAUGAGGCAACGGGUAUAAAAACAAAGUUUCACUAAGGCAAGGCUGAUUUUUUCACCAGGAAGCAUGAUGAAGGGAUCGUAGAAACUAAAGGAGACUGUGGGUUUCUUCCUCUCCCUUAGCAGGUCAAGUGUGUGGAAUUGUUCAGAGACAGGAUUUCAGAGAGCAGAGGAAGCAGAAAGCUGGAAGUGAUGCUUGGGACCGAAUCCCUUUCUCUCUUCCUCAAAAGGCUGCAACCCCAAAUAUAGUCAAUUUACAGUGUAUAGUGCCCCAUGCCUCCCUGAAGAGAAGCAAGCCUCUCUAACACCAAAUAUCUCCAUAAAGAAGCUUCCUUCUUUCUCCUUUCCUAUUUGGUGAUUGAAUGCUGGUGGCAGGUCUCCUAUGCUAUCCAUGAGCAGCCGGAGGGUGCCUGAUGCACGUGAGAGAGGAGGGCUGGGGGACCAAAAGGUGUGUUUAACAGGCUUCUGGUGCUAAACAAGACGGCAUUCCCUUGGUGCUAAAUCAGAUUUCAGGAGUAUUGGGUGCUUUCUGGAAAGUGUAGUAGGCUGAGUUGUGAUGUACUCUGGAAUUAAUGGUGCUUUAUGUAACAAAACCAAACAAACUCCAAGAAUUUUGUAUAUAUAUUUUUUUUUUCAGUGGUAUUAAACUUUUUUCCUUGGUUGUUUUGCA